AUGGGCGUGGAUCGGAAUUCCAGCCGCAGUGCCGUGGCGCGGGGAUCGCCAUCGCCGAGAGCCGCCACGGCCGCAGCGGCAGCGGCUGCUGGGGGAUUGGCGCCGCCCGUGGCGAUGAGCGGCGGCCCUCCUCUCAAUCUCAUGUUUGAUCCGCGGGUAGUGCGUGGUCCGACCUACAGUAAGAUGAAGACUGGAUUCAAAGCUGAGCCUCCUCCCCCAGAGAGGAAGGCCGUCAAGAAGAAAAGAAAAGUUCCUGCUUACAGUACCACACCUCCUACGAUCGAUGGAAGAAAAAACAUGGACAUCCAGACAGAUGUCUAUCUGGAGGAGCUAGUUGACAGGAUUCCAGAGUAUGACAUUGAUACUCAAACUGAUCCGUUCUUGGACAGACCAGCCACUCCGCUUUUUAUUCCACAGAAGCCGGGUCCGGAUAUCGGGACACAGAUCGAAGAAGGAGACCUCUUUAAUUUCGAUGAGGAGGUUGAGCCAAUGCUUGAGGUGUUGGUAGGCAGGACCGUCGAGCAGGCAUGGAUGGAAGUAACGGAAGAACGGCAGCUUGCCGAGUUGCACAAGCACCAGGAUCAUUUCGAGAAAAUCCGUGCGGCAGAACUGGUUGCGACACAGAGAAUGGAGUUCUCCGAAUGGAGAAAGAUUGAAGAAAAGAAGAGACGUGUUGAGCAAGAAAAGAAACGGCUUGAAGAAGAACGGAAACUGAAGGAGCUAAUUGAAACUCAAAACUUUGCAAGGGAGUAUUUGAAGAAGAUGACAGACUCCGUGCUUUCGUACCUUGAAUCUGAGGACUACUUCUAUGACCCUGUUGAACGAGAGGUUGAGAACCAUUUUAUGCCAAUGCUGGCGGAAAACAUGGAGAGGGAGUUGGAGAAGAUUGUUUGCGCUCGAAAUACAUUGCACUGUGUGGUGGAGGCUGCCACGAUUUCCCAAGAGUCGAGGGCAUUGAAUGUUGUUAGCGCCAUGGUCAACACAAUCAUUAUGUCCGUGGAGUCCUACAUGACGGAAGUUGCUACAGCUGAUUCCGCUGAUUAUGUGAGGGACGUGCUGGACAUAGUCGAGCAGACUACAAGAGAGCUGACAGCAAGCUCGACGACAUUCUUCUGCGACUUCCUGCGCUACUUCGAGUCGGUUGAGAUGCAAGUGGUGUACGAAGUCCGGACCAUGCUGAGAAGGGUGAUUACGAGACACGAAGAAGAGGAACAGGUGGCGGUGGAAGUCGGGGCGAUUUUCCGGAGGGUGGUAGAGCAGAAUACCGAGCCCCCGCCAGCACCUCCUCCAGAGCCAGCUGCGGCACCGCCGCCACCACCGGCAGAGGGUGAAGAAGCUCCAGCAGAAGGUGGAGGCCAAACAGCAGCGGAAUAGGAUACGGGGGAUUAUGACAAGGUGGCCAGAUUGUAAACACGCUUUCGUUGUUGGUGGAAUGCUGGUUUUCUAGCAGGCACGAUCAGUUUUAAUUCCUUUUUACAACUUGCUCCUCACAUUCUUUCUAAAAAACACUAGUAGUAAAUUGUUCUGUUUUGUUUUUAUUCGGUUGUUAAGUUUAAAAUACAGAGGCGAAAA